UGCCUCUGCAGCUACCGCGCUGUGAUAUUGCUGCAUAUGACAUCCACAUGUCAAUCUUGCUUAUGAACACCACCUCUUCCAGCAUACGAGGCUUUCGUAUCUCUUGCUCUACAGUUGUCUCAAUGCACUGAAGUAGACGGCGUGGAAAUGCCACAACGGGCCAGUGCGAGUCAUGCUGCUUGAAAUUUUGGUCUCGACCGAUUCAUUUCUUGACGCUUCAUCACUAGAACUACUGCAUGCUCUGAUAGUCUUUCGCUUUUCUCCCUACUUGCACGCUUCUAUAUGGUAUUGAAGCAUGUGGCUAAGCCAUUCCGCACUGGCUUCGCAUCCUAUCAAGCUGCCUUGCUCCGUCGGCCUCUGACUGUUCAGCUUUCGUCUGGCACAGCUCUCGUGCUGCUCGGCGAUUUCAUCGCUCAAAAGCUGAUUGAACGUAAGCCAGACUACGACUGGAAGCGUGCUAGUGUCAUGGUCGCUCUACGUGGCAUCUUUCAUUCGGGUGCCAUCAUUGCCUGGUACCGAUUCCUCAAUACCCGACUCGCUAUGCCUAAUGCAACACGCAGUCGCCGCAUGUUUACACAUCUAUUCCUAGAUCAGGCAUUCUUCGGACCUAGCAAUGUCAUCUUCUUCUUUGUCGCUUCUGGCAUACUCGAAGGUAAGUCAAAAGACCAAAUCAGUGAAAAACUUCAAGAUCGCGGUCUCGCUACUGUUGCAUCUGCUUGGUGUGUCUGGGUCCCUUUUCAAGCAAUCAUGUUUCGCUUUGUGCCUGCAGCAGAUCAAAGGCUCAUUCUGGGGCAGACUCUAGCUAUUGGAUGGAAUGGCUACAUGUCGUACGCGAAUGCCAAUAGGAGCAAGGCUCUCCAGGUGCGAAAAGGCGGCCAGACGCCGAUGGUCCAGCUCCACACUUGACGGAAACUGAGACUUCCUGAUCCACAAGCAUAUUGCUGCUUGGAGCCAAGUUAUCUUCGGCACGUCAAUCGCACACGUUAGGCAUCCUUCGAAAUGAUGUCGCAAUGGGUAACCUCAGACGGGCGAGCUUCAUCCUCUUGUUUCUGACACUGUGACUAUUCAUUGCGCGCCCCUGACGCAAGGUCGGCAUAGGGUCAAAAUCCCGCACUCAGUAAGUUCAGGAGUCUUCGCUCCAAGAGAUCUUCGAAGCUGAGCUACACUUCAUGAGCUUUGUCAGUUGCGAGGAGACUAGACCUUUCAAGGUGCUAAGCACUAAAGCUGGACAGAGUGUGUUCAUGCUGACGGCCCA